GAUGCGCGCGACGGCGCACGCGCCACACCCCCGCCUUCAAUUAAAACAUCUCAGGGUACGUCUGAGCGCGAGCGAAGAUGGCGACAGAGUGAAGGAGACCACGGGAAGAUGACAAGCCAUCUACAGACAAACAGAUACCGCUCUUCAACCCGCCGCCCCGGAGAUGCCCGCAAAUGAGUGAGAUUCGCUCGCGUACGAUGUGUUGUCAAGGAGAUGCGGGGUAGCUGAUAGCGAGUCUCGCGGCAUGUGCUUUAUCAUGCACUGUCUCCGUUAUUCAGACGCAGGUGUUUUUGGUACCGAUUUAUUCUGAACAUCAGGUGAAAGAGAUGCUUCGAGCCAUCAUGUAACCGUCGGGGUGGGCAAUAAAUUUGCGGAGGAGACCCGCCCGUGUGAGCUCGCGCCUUUGUCUCCCCCUCUAAAAUAUGGUCACGGGCGCCCGGCGGUGUGGAAGGAAACUUGACGCCGAGGUCGAAAUCUGCUGCCUGACCGAACCGAACGACAAACCGUGCGCGGAGCCUGAGAAGGUGCAGAGAUGGCGCAUGAGCCUCGCGUCGCUGCUCUUUUUCACCGCGCUCCUAUCCGAUCACCUCUGGCUCUGCGCGGGAGGCAAGCCGCGUUCGCGAGACCGGACUCACCGGCGAACGUGGAGCAACGCGAGUCACGACGCCCAGACGGGCCUGCGCGAUGAGGACUGCGGGGUUCUUCUGAGCAACCUGACGGAGAACCGACCGGAGUGCGUGGACGCUGACGCGCGUCGCCGCGAGCCUCUGGAGUCCGCAUGCUCUACGCUUUACCGGCAGAAAAACAGCUCGGUGAGCUCCUUUUAUUCAGUGCCGGUGCCCACGGUGUCGCCGCACGCGGUUUUAGAGUACUUCCGGAACUUUAGCUUGUCGUUUUGCGACGUGCUAACAAUAGCGGACCUGCUUGAGAGCAUGGCCAGCCCGAAUGGACUGAACUGCAGCCUAGCCAAUGUCAUUCGUGACCUGUUCAGCGGUGGGCCGGAGGACGGGGAUGUGUGCAGCGCUUGUGUUCACGAGUACGUGCUGCUCGAUCAACACGCUCAGGAAAAAUAUGAAGAGUUUGACAUCCUCUCGCGCAAAUACAUAGCGGAUGACUACUCUGUGCGCGCCCAAGCGCACCUGUGCCAGGCUGUGUAUAAAGCCUGGCUUUGUGCGGAAUUUUUUCCAGUUCCCCAGCGGCAGUGCGAAAGGUGGCUCCCGUGCAAGCGCUACUGUGGUGAGGUCACAGCAAGCUGCCCCUUCAUCCUACCCGACAAUGACCGUCUGCUGUAUGCCGGCCUGCCCAGCUUUCUCUGUGCAGGGUUGCAAGAGGAGUAUCUGGCCAGUCAGGGUCCACAGUGCUGUGAUGUACGAUGGAACGGGUGCGACUCGGCCGUAGGAGCUGCAUGCGCCCUGACACGCUUCCCAGGCUCGUUUUCUUUGCAUAGGAGGUUGUCUUCGGGAGCAGUGUCGUAUACAAAUCGUCUUCACGGCAGUAAAUUAAAACUGUGUGUGCUUGUUCUCUUCUUAUUACACACUGUUAUCUCCAUAACAACCUUGCAACAUUGCAACACCGGCUCCUUGGAGAACAUAGUACCUCUAGAAGAAGUCCCUGUCAGAGAGGAGUGAGGGACUGUAUCGGCUCCCUCUUUGUUGGAAGACGCACAUGACGCAAAAGUGUUUUUGUCUACUGUUCACGAGAUGACGCUUGCCAAAUGCCUGAAAAACGCAGGAAGUCUGCUGAAGUUUGUCAGUGCUUGUCUUCGAGAGUUCGAACAUCUGGCCUGAUCAGAGCAUGUGUGUGUAUCUGUGCGUGCGCACGUCGGUGUGUUUGUUUGUUUGAUCAAAGAGUGUGUUUCUUACGUUCCUCGGUGGAUUGUUUGUUUUAUUAGGACUAAUCCCAUAUGUUAAAACCAAGCUUAAGAAUGACAAUCUUGUUUUCUUUUAGACAAUGUUCUCGGGAACAAAAGUGAAUGUAGGAAGAAUGUAUGGACACUGUAUGAGUGACAUUGUUACAUUUCUCCUCUAAUAAAAACCAACACUGAGGCAUUUUUCAUAUUAAGUUUCGUUUUUUUCCCCACUGUGCCUGCUUUUUGUAUACUUUUCAGUGUUUGCGUGCAUACCUGGGCACUUUGCGUCCUCCUGACUAGAUAUUUCAUUUGGAUGCAUGUUAAAAGGGAUUGCUAAACGUAAACACUCUGAACAUUUUUUCAACCACAACGUGUUCCUUUAUACUGCUUUUGACAUUAUUGUUUACUGUUUCAUGCUCGUUUGAUGUGUCGUUAACCAUACCCGUUUCUCCGUCUCCUAAGGCUUCCACACACUGCUGUAGCCAACACCUAUUAACGCCUUUCAUACUUGCUCAUGAAUUUAAUGUUGGUCUUGAUGUUUUGAGGCUGUUAAAGGGGCUUUGGUAGUUGCCAUUUAGCAGAUGCUUUUCUUCCAAAACAACUUACAGUGCUUUAAUUGGAAAAAUAUUGUGGGAAAACUUCGGAAACGUUACAAAUUCACUCCAUGUGCUAUGUCACGGUUCUACAAACUCUCCAAUAAACAACAUGAAAACAAGUAAAAUAAUUACAUCACUUCACGGGGUGACUUUGGGCACUUUAAUAAUGGUUACAGAAGUGCUUUCAUAUGAAAUACUUCAUAGCCGUUGUCUGUUUAUGUAUUUGACAAAUGAUUUCAUCCAAAGCUACUUGCAGCGCAUACUUUUUAUUAAAUGUGUUCCUUAGGAAUUGAUCCCAUGAUCUUGGCAUUGGGAUCUAUCAGAGCUACAGGAACGGCUGUUUUAUAGAUGCAUUGUAUACUAUUACUAAAUGUUUUAUAUUUUUCUUAUUAAAUUUAAAGUUUCAAGGUCAUGAACACUCUUCUGGUUCAGUUUGGGCCUACAGCAAUAACAAAAAACACCAAACAAUGGGCUCAACAGACUGACUGUGCCUUCGUCAUUAUCGUCAGACUAUAUUUUAUCAGAGAACGUAAACCUUCAGCCUUGGUAAUGUCAAAACAUUUUGCUUUAAUAGAAAAAUAAUUAACCAGCAUACUAUUGUGUCAACCAACAUCUCAAAUAGUUUCCUCUGUAUGCGUGUUUGUGAAACCAUCUCUGAAGUUUCUCUGUCAUCAAGUCAGCUGGACUUAAUCCAUUUGUUAAAAACAGUCUGGCACUCAUUUUGGUGUCCUCCUCGGUUUUGUUUCUAGGCAGUGUGUCGAAGCCUGAGAGAUAAAGUGUGUGAAUCACUGAGGCUGAUAUCAUGCUGCUUGAUGCUGUAGGAGAGCUGAUGAUUUUUUUUUUCAAGACUCUCCAAGAUCUGAACUCCCAUCCUGAUGUUCUGCAUGAGAGCACUAACCCGAGUCUCUCCGAUUCUGAUGCCAUUUCUCAAUGUAUAGACUUUGAGUUUGUAUUGUGGGAACUCAAUAAACCAUCUAUAAUGUUU